GCUUCUUGUCACCAUGCUCCUGUGGGUGUGCUUCUGUUGCGGCCUGUCAAUCGUAUGUGGACAGCAGGAUCCGGAAUUCUUAGCCAGGGAACUGGAAGAGGCUCAGAUUGUGGACUCCAGCCUCAUUGACAAUGUCGCUCGCAGAGUUCCCAGGCAAGCUCGGUUUCUGCAAAGGCUGGAAACCAGACCCCGGAUGUCUGAAUUCUUAGUGAGAUCCACCAUCAUUUCCCGCUACGCCUUCACCGCCAUGUCCUGCACCUUGGUGAACAGCGGCUCGGAAGACAGAGAAGGGGUCUUUGAGAUGCAGAUCCCCGUCACGGCCUUCAUCACCAAUUUUACCAUGCUCAUCGGGGACAAAGCUUACCAUGGCGAAGUUAUUGGGAAAGACAAAAGGCUGGGGGACGCAACACGACAUUACAGAUACUCAAGGCCCAUAGAUGAUGGGGAAAAUGGAUUUGAGACCUUCAAGGCAUCUGGAACCAUUCCCAGAAAGGGCCAGGCCGUCUUCCUGCUCCAUUAUGAAGAGCUCUUGCAAAGACGGCUGGGGAAGUACCAGUAUACCCUCAGCAUCCGGCCCCAGCAGCUGGUGGGCCGCUUGCGUGUGGAGGUGAACAUCCUUGAAAAUUCGGGAAUUACCUCCCUGGAAGUCCCACCUUUCCAGAGCAGCCGGAGCCGAGGCGGCGGGAAUGGCGAAGAUGAUGUAUCUCCACCCCCUUCGACGGUGAUCGGCCAGACAAAAACUCUGGCCAAAGUGACCUUCAGUCCCAGCGUGGUCCAGCAAGCCAAGAUUGCACGGAGUGGCAUUCUGGGAGAUUUUAUUGUCCGAUACGAUGUCAACAGGGAGCUGAGUGUCGGGGACGUGCAGGUUUUGAAUGGAUACUUCGUGCACUAUUUUGCUCCUAAAGAUCUCCCGCCACUCCCGAAGAAUGUUGUGUUUGUGCUCGACAGCAGCGCCUCCAUGGUGGGGACCAAACUACGGCAGACCAAGGAUGCCCUGUUCACCAUCCUCCAAGAUCUGAGGCCUGAGGACCACUUCAACAUCAUUGGCUUCUCCAAUCGAAUCAAGGUCUGGCAACAGGACCGCCUGCUUCCUGUGACCCCCGAGAACAUCAGAGAUGCAAAGAUCUACAUCCACAACAUGUCGCCCACAGGAGGCACAAACAUAAACGGGGCACUCCAGAUCAGCACGAAAAUCCUCAGCGACUACAUCUCCCAGAGCGACAUCGACGCCCGUAGUGCCUCCCUGAUCAUCUUCUUGACCGACGGGCGGCCCACCGUCGGGGAGACACACUCCACCAAAAUCGUCAACAACACCAAGGCGGCCAUCCGCAACAAGUUUUGCCUUUUCACCAUCGGCAUCGGGAACGACGUCGACUACAAGCUGCUGGAGAGGCUGGCCCUGGAGAACUGCGGGAUGAUGCGGCGCAUCCGGGAGCACGAGGACGCCUCCGAGCAGCUGAAAGGAUUCUACAACGAGAUCAGGACGCCCCUUCUUUCUGAUAUCCGGGUGGACUAUCCAGUUGACAGCGUGGAGCAUGUUACCCAGAACCUCUUCUCCAACUACUUCAACGGCUCCGAAAUUGUCAUCGCUGGGAAGCUGCUCAACCACACAGCCAACAGCCUGCACGUGGAAGUGACUGCCAGCAACAGCAAGAAGUACAUCCUGCUAAAAACCGACGUGCUCGUCGAUCUCCCUGGCCAAAACUACAUCGGGAACAUGCCCAAUGGCAUCGAAGACCCCACGGAAAGUCGGAACUACGUGGAACGGGCAUGGAGUUACCUCACCAUCAAGGAACUUCUGACUUCCUGGUUGAAGAGUGACGACUCUGAGGAGAGGGAGAACCUCAGAGAACGUGCCGAGAAAUUGGCCCUCACCUACAACUUUGUCACCCCUUUCACCACGCUGAAGGUGAAGGAGCUGGGGGUUCAGACAGAGGUGCCAACGGGGGUCUAUAUUGACCCGUCCACUGGCGGUUUGGGGGAGACCAUGCAGGGGCUGAAGGGUCCUGAGGCGCCAGCAGUUCCUGUCCCUGGAAAACUGGACAAAGAAAGAAUUAAAGCCUCGAAAACAUCUGCGGAUGGCGACCCUCACUUUGUCGUCGAUUUCCCCUUGAGCAAGCUAACUGUCUGCUUCAACAUUGACGGGCAGCCCGGGGAUAUCCUCCGGCUGGUGUCUGAUCAUAAGAACUCCGGUGUGACAGUGAACGGUCAGCUGAUCGGGGCCCCAGCACCACCCAACGGUCGUAAGAAGCACAGAACCUACUUUAGAAGCAUCACCAUUCUCAGCACCAAGCCCGACCGAGCCUACCUGGAGGUCACGCCCACCAAGGUCAUCUUGGACGAUGGGGAGAGACUCGUCUUGUCCUGUGGCCGCAGCGCUGUGGUGGGAAGCCAGAAUCUCGAGGUGUCCAUCUUUGCCCGUUCCAAUGUGACGGUGGUGAUUCAGGGCACGAUUGCUUUUGUCAUUCUGAUCCACCAUUACAAGAAUCCUGCUCCUUACCAGAAAGAUCACUUGGGGUUCUACAUCUCCAAUGGCCAAGGGCUUUCUUCCAGCUCACAUGGACUGCUAGGCCAGUUCUUACACCAAGCGGUCAACCUUACCCAGAACCCUCACGGCCCGAGUCCUCCUCUGGACAGCCGGAACCAAACCAGAAGCCCAGGCCCUGGCACCAGCAACGCAUUGCAGCUGAAAGGGCGUCUGGUCCCGGUCGUGCGGAAGCAGAGGAAAAUCUACAACGGCGAGCAGGAAGUGGAUUGCUGGUUCGCCAAGAACAAUGCCGAGAAGCUGAUUGACGGGGCCUACAAGGACUAUCUUGCCUCUCACCCUUUUGACACAGAGACGAGCAACUGGAUGGGGAACAGACUAUAAAGAAAGAG